AUGAAUACUUACGAGUAUUUAACAAAUACCGAAAAACAACUUCUAAGUAAAUGCUCCUAUAACCUAACUCUCGCGAUUGAAGAGCUAACUAAACCUUCUGCGAAAAAACGCGACAAUCCUGACAAGCCACCAAGACCGCAAAACAGAUGGAUUAUUUUUCGAAAAGAUUAUGAAGCUAACAUACGUCUACUUAAUCCAGAUGUCAAACAAGAAGUUAAACGUACAGCGAAAGGAUGCAGUUUAAAAUGGAAAUCGCAAUCAAGAGAGGUCAAGGAUUUUUUCAAGAUAUUGGAAAAAAUAGCUUGUAAGAAUCAUGAACAUAUAUAUCCUAAUUAUAAAUAUAGACCAAAAACUUCAAAAGAUUCAAGCUGUAAGAAGUUCAUUUUUCGGGAACAAAAAUACCCAUUUACUUCGUCUGUCAAGUCUACUUCAAUAAAUGAUCAUUCAUGUCAAGUGGCAGAAAGUAACGCGUCGCCCUCCUCAACAUCGUUGGAAACUCAUAACAACGUAAACAUUAACAGAUCGAUCGACAAUUCAAACGAAUUUUUAAUUUACAACAAUAAUUUGAACGAUAAUGAUUAUUUACUCGACGCAGACUUUAAUAAUAUAAAUAAUAACAUCAUUGAUUCUUCACCAUUGUCACAAGCUCAAAUAUUUAUCUUUGACUAUAGUUUUUACAAUUAA